UCAGAACGUCAUCUGAUCCAUCUGAGCUUUCCUUAAUAUACUUGGGUAUUCAGGAGACGUGACGGCCUCCUCUCGGCCCACGCACCAGUCGUCAGGGGGCUGGAGCCCUGAUCAUGCCUCUCCAGUCUGGCACACCGCCGGUAUAUAAGAAGGAGGACCUGGAUUUGCGCAGGUGGACUCUGUUGACAGCCGUGGUUCGCCUUUAGGAUUUGAUCGGCUGUCAGGUUUUGGGGCGGUUGUGCACUGAAGAUUGGAAGGGGAAAAAGAAUAGGAGCGAGGAAAGGGAACCGCGUUGCCGGUUGUUGUUUUCGCUGGUGCAAAAAAAGCUUGGCCGACGGCGCGGGACCAUGGCCGACGAGGAGAGCGCUCGCGACGGGGCCACCGCCGAGCCUUGCGCGGGAGCCUGCGAGGGCAGCCGCUGUAACAUGCUCAGCUGGGAACAAGUGCAGCGCCUGGACCGCAUCCUGACCGAGACCAUCCCGAUCCACGGCCGGGGGAACUUCCCCACGCUGGAGAUGCAGCCGCGGCAGAUCGUCAAGGUGGUGCGGAGCCGCCUGGAGGAGCAAGGCAUCGGCGUACGCGAUGUGCGCCUGAACGGCUCGGCGGCCAGCCACGUCUUGCACCAGGACAGCGGCCUGGGCUACAAGGACCUGGACCUCAUCUUCUGCGCAGAUCUGAAGGGAGAGGCCGAGUUCCAGACUGUCAAAGAUGUCGUCUUGGACUGCCUCUUGGAUUUCUUACCGGAAGGCGUGAAUAAAGAGAAGAUCACCCCCCUGACUCUGAAGGAAGCCUAUGUGCAGAAAAUGGUGAAAGUGUGCAAUGAUUCAGACCGGUGGAGUCUUAUCUCCCUAUCCAACAACAGCGGCAAAAAUGUGGAGCUGAAAUUUGUGGACUCUCUGAGGAGGCAGUUUGAGUUCAGUGUAGACUCCUUUCAAAUCAAGCUAGACUCCCUCCUCCUUUUUUAUGAAUGUUCUGAGAACCCAAUGACCGAAACUUUCCAUCCCACUAUCAUUGGGGAGAGUGUCUAUGGGGAUUUCCAGGAAGCCUUUGAUCACCUUUGCAACAAGAUAAUUGCUACCCGCAAUCCAGAAGAAAUCAGGGGAGGAGGCCUCCUUAAGUACUGCAACCUCCUUGUAAGAGGCUUCCGGGCUGCUUCUGAAUCCGAGAUGAAGUCACUCCAGAGAUAUAUGUGCUCCAGGUUUUUCAUUGACUUCUCAGAUAUUGGAGAACAGCAGCGGAAACUGGAGUCGUACUUGCAGAACCACUUUGUAGGGCUGGAGGACCGCAAGUAUGACUAUCUCAUGACUCUUCACGAUGUGGUGAAUGAGAGCACGGUGUGCCUCAUGGGGCAUGAGAGGCGGCAGACGUUGAAUCUUAUCACCAUGCUGGCCAUUCGGGUCCUAGCUGAGCAAAAUAUCAUCCCAAAUGUGGCCAAUGUCACUUGCUACUACCAGCCAGCCCCAUAUGUAGCAGAUGCUAACUUCAACAAUUACUAUAUUGCCCAGGUUCAGCCGAUGUUCCCCUGUCAGCAACAGACAUACUCGACUUGGUUGCCCUGUAAUUAACAUCUGUUUUAAUAGACUUGGUGGGGAAAGUGUUUUUUUCUGUCAAGCAACUAAAGAGGAAGGAUGGCACUCUCCUUUUUAAAAAAUGGGGUGGUUUUUGAGCAGUGGUAGUCUGCUCUAGCUUUCUCAUCUCGAAGAAAGCUGGUGGUUCUUCUCUUUAAUAUCAUGAAGUGUGAUUUAGACAAGAACCCCACACUUAAUUGAAUUCUACCCCAGAGCACAAGAGGCCUGUCAUGAAAAGCAAAUAGCUCCCCUUGAAGUAAACCAGGGAGGAAUGCUUGAUGACAAUAUGGGUUGGCUUAGUCUUCUCCCAUAGCUAUGGCAUAGUGAAAAUUGGGAAGCCUUUAUUUUUUUAAUUGAGAUCUGCGGGUAGGGGGUGGGGAAGGGAGAAUUUGAUAGGGAUGGGGGGAAAGCUAAAAAGUGUUCAAGAACUAGAAGUCGUAACAGAUGCUGCAAUAAGAUGCUGCCUUCAGGGCAUGGAAUCAACCAGCAUUGUCUGUGGGCCCAUACUAUAGAAUAUAGGUCACGUAAAGAGAACACUUCAGGAGAAAUAGCUUGUUCCAGCUCAACAGCAGUAGAUGGGACAGUUAUUAAAAAGUCAGGGGGAGGGGGAGAUAACAAAUUCCAUUGUUUCCAGCUGUGUGCAUGCUUCACAUUAUGAAAAAAAUGUGGAAAAGCAAGAAAAUCAGCUGUCACAAGCAGCAUAUGCUUCCGGACCAAAGAUUUCACAGAUAAGUUAUUUAAGCAAAGAGGAAGACACAGUAGACAAUUAAAAAAAAGAAGAUAUAACUAUAUUUGUACACAAAAAUGUUAAACAAAAGUGCCUGAUGCCUUCAGAAAAUUUGAAGUGAAAGAAAUAUAGUUUUGAGGUUUAACUUUGUGUUUUGUUUUUUAUCAGGGACAUGAAUAGAAAAAAAAAUAAGCUUGUGAAUAGAUGGUGGAGGAAAUGCCUAAUUUUUUUUUCCUGGCAAAUACCUAUAUAAAAUUUAUAUUGUUUGUGUGAUGUUUUCAUAGGUAUGUGUGUGUAUAUUGUUGUGUGUAUGUGUGUGUAUAUAUAUUUGUAGCAUUAUAUGUAUAUACACACAAUUUUGAACACGGUCUAGGAAAAUGUAGCAGUUUUAAGGAAUGUUUUAAAUAAAAUAAGUGUGUUUUCCAGUCUGCAACAGGAUGUCCUAAAACUGUGGGCACUUUUAGAGAGUUAUUGACCUAUACCAGAAAAUCUGGAUAGAUGAACCAGUUAUAGGUGAGGUGGAAUUAAGAUGAUGCACUUGGUUUCAAAAACAAAGCUGACCAUAAUUUAUUGGCGGAGUCUUGGCAGCAUCCUGUCUGGUCAAAUAUUUCACUGGCUGACCCUUUUUUCAUAUUUUGUAUUGUAAUAUGGUUUCGACACUCAUCAGUCCUAAUGCUGCAGACUUUCACGAUGCAUAGACAUGGCAGUGAAAGGUGACUAAAGGCAAGUCUGACUUAAACUCCCUGGACAGCUAAACAAUAUUGUCUUAAUUGAUGAUUUGAUCACUAAUUAUUACUAUUUAAAAAUGAUUUUUGGAAUGCAUUGAGUAUUCCAGGACCACUAGAAGAUAGUAAAUGUGAAAUGAACCAUUAUGAAGAGUGUUGCACAGAUGUUUUCAAGAUAUCAAUGAUCAAGAAUCUUAUUUAAAAUUAAUAAUUUUGCAUUGCGACAAACAACCAUUGUUUAAUUUCCUGUCCUUCAAGCAACUAGUGGAGAGUUGGGAGAAUUGUUCCACUGGGAAUUUUAUCUCUGUUUCUGUACUGAUUGUCAUACAGAAAAGUUUAACCCUUUCAGCUGCUUCCAGCUGCUGGUCUUUAAAAGUAAACAAAAUCUAACUUGGCCUCAAAGGACAGCUGAUGUGUACAAUUGCACUAAAAUAUUGAGUUUCAUUUUGACCUUUAUGCUAUUUUCCUGAUACUAUGGAAGAAAGUAAAGGUUAAGAUUUUGAAAGGGUGAUUGAUCUUUGCCACCCACCACAGUAGUCUCAAGUGGAACAGGACCUGCAGCUCUCUGCACAAAAUAUUGAAAGUAAAGGGGUUAGUAAGCUGCUAAACAGCCAGUAGAUUCUCCCUUUAACCUGAUAAAUUUAAGGGCAGAGUAUUUUCCCUAUACUUGUUAUUGAACCAUUUCCUUUUAUAUCUAAAGGCCAUUUUGACAAUGCCAUUCACUGCUAUUCACUGUUUUGUCCAGGAAAACUUUGGUCAUUGUUUUCCAUACUUCUUUGGCCCCUUGGCUGAAUCCUUUCCCCCCUCUUUUUUGUUCAGUCAGUGUUCAAUUAAGAAAACAAAGUGUUUAUUUUCUUUGGCCCAUUACUAUUAGCAGCAACAAAUCAAAAGUGAAAUGUACUUUGUCAAAAUCAAAGCUUCAUCAUGCAAAUAACUUUCUGACAGAAGUUGACAGAAAAAGACUGGGGAAAUAGGAUCAGCUGGUAGUGUGGUAUGUCUUUUCUUACCAAAGCUAUUUUACUGCAAAUAAAUGAGUCAUCCACGAUUGAAAAGAGGUUGAAGAUCUCUGGCAGUGCCAGAAAUAAAAUGCUGAUAAUACAGUAUAUACUUUCCUGCAGAGCAGCUUUUUCCAUCUUUUUUAGAAGGUUGUCAUUGUUAGGCUGGGGGAUACAAUUUCUUUAAGGAUUUGAGGUUUUUUCUUCUUGUGGUUAACAUUUUAGUUCCAUUUUUAUGGCUGAUAGUAACCGGUUGUCCUACAGCUCAUGCUCUGGUUAAAGUCUCUGGUUAAAAGAGGAUUUUGAUAAAUACCAAUUAAUUUUCUCCCGAAUGCAAGGAUUACAGUAGUAGUCUUUAACUCAAGCAGUGAAAGUUGUGGGGCUCUGUUGUACUGCCUGGUUGUUUGUCAAAAGGCAUCUGGUGUUAGGGAUGGGAAGAUGCCAUGACUCUAGGCCAAAACUAAAACAAGAGCACCUUUUUAAAGCAAGUUGGCUUGUGUGGUUUGCACACCCAGCCCUUCAUAAAGUCUGACAAUGACCCCCCCCCACCCCAUCCCAUAUUUUCUCAAGAAGAAAAUGUUCAAUGUUCUUAAGGCCUCACUUUUCCUAUUCAUUUUGCAAAAUCUGCUCUUAAGAAACAGUAGUUUAAUUGCAAUGUUAACCUAAUCGAAAAUAUUGGCUCAAUCAUACUCAUUGGGUUGUGAAUCUAUUUGAUUAAUUCUGAAUUGGUGGGAAAAUAAACUUGUUCUAAUAGAAACAUAUUGUGAUAUAAAGAGACAAGGAAAUUAGGUUCCUUAAACUAGAAUAUUCAAAGUAUGAUGCAAGGAAUUUUCAUAUCUUUUCUGAACCUCUGUUGUCCAUGUCUGCCGUGUGUACUGUAGAUCAUCACAUACCCUUCUUACACCUAUGUAAAUAUCAUUCUGAUUUCUCCAAACAUUUUGUUGUGAGUCCCAGGCUAUAUAGAUAAAUGGAGUUGUACUGUGUGUGUAUAUAUAAUCUGCGAUAUGCAAAAACGAAACAAAAAAAUCUUUUGAAAGAAGCAAAAACUGAGACAAAUACAUUUUCAUAAUUUUUAUUUAAAUGCUUUAAAACUUAUUUGCUGCUACAUAUUGCACAAAGUUUCAUGCAUAGCUUAUAAAAUGCUGGUUGUAAAAUGCUAUAUCUGCAAGUUGUGUUUAUACUGAAGGCUCAUCAAUUCACAGAAAGCUUUAAAAUGUUUUGUGGAGAGAGAAAUGUAUUAAGGCUAGAUAAGAAGAGGGAAAUAUAUAUCUAAACGUAUUCCAUGCUUUUUGGGUUUUUUCUGGGUUCUUUUUGGACUUUUCUGAUUUUCACUGCAAGAAAGAAAAUCCCAUGUACAGUUCUGCCAUUUGCUUUCUACGCAAACCAUUAUUAAAUAUCCAAAAAGCCUACAGACUUCAAGACGGUUUGGAUGCAGUGGGGCAAACUCUUGCAACCUAUGAGAAACUAUGCUGAUUCUUGUUCUCCUUCAGAAUUCCAUACAACUGUUGUCUUCUGCAAGACAUCCUAUUGUGGCAGAUGCUCCAUGGACUGUUCUUUUAGAUUUUUUUUGGCUCUAGGUUCUGUUGGAGGUUGAAACAAAGAGCUGAUGGAAAACAGACACUUUUUUAACAAUCGAAAGCGUUUGCUUCAGUGCUAGAGGGAACAGAUUGUGAAUUUUGUUUACAGCAUCCAAUAUUUGGAUUUUUAAAAAAUAAAAAUGAUGUUAUUUUUUCUA